AUGUGUGGUUGCAGAAAGCGAAAUGGUGACGCUGCCCGAAGGCAGUCGUGCAGCUCCAACAAAGGCAUGUCUUGCAAGACGCUGUGCUUGAGCGUUGGUGCCGCUGGUGGCAUCGGUGCCGCUGGUGGCGUCGGUGUUUGGGAUCUCUACAGUCGAAUUGCCUCGCUGAUUCCACUGCGAGGAGUCGAUCGCAGGUUUCGGGUCAUUCAACGUGUUCAACGUAGCCAACAACCAGAACCUGUCGCAGAGGCUGAGCGGGCCGAGCGGGCGGAGCGGGCGGAGCGGGCGGAGCCAUGUUCGGCGGCGGCCUCUUUGGUGGUGACCGCGGGCCAGGCCGUCAGUGGCUUCUUCGGAGGCGGUGUGCCAGGCCGUUUCGACCACCAGUACCAAGUCUUCCCAGUGACUUUUAUGGGCAAAGAAGAGCUCGAGAAGGGAAACAAGAUCAUUCUGCCUCAAUCGGCCUUGGAUCACUUGGCGCGGCUCAACAUUUCCUGGCCGAUGCUCUUUGAGAUGACGAACCCCGCCACUUCGAGAUCAACGCAUGGAGGUGUACAGGAAUUCAUCGCAGAAGAGGGAACGUGCUUCUUCCCAUACUGGAUGAUGCAAAACCUCCUGCUACAAGAAGGUGAUUUGGUCCGGAUCACCAACACAUCACUGCAGAAAGGGAGCUUUGUGAAGCUCCAACCAGUAAGUUCCGAUUUCUUAGACAUUCACAAUCCCAGAGCUGUGCUGGAGAAUUCUUUGAGGAAUUUCGCCACGCUCACAGUGGGCGAUUGCAUUGCUUGGAAGCUGAGGGUGCGGUCCGGUGCCAGUGUCAGCCAGUUUUGGUCAAGUCUCCAAGGUGGUCCCGGGAGGCCCAGAGACCCAGCAACAACGCAUGGUCUUUUGAGCCCUCUUCCAGCUGUAGCCAUGCCGAAAGUCUCGAACGAGAAGAUCGUGAACAAGUUAGAGGGCAAGCUGAAGAGCGGUGCAGCAAAUGCGCUGAAAUUUGCAAAAGACCAGAAGCUGAGCCAUGGAAAAGCUCAAAUGCUGAAAAUGACCCUCUCCACGGUGCUUUACACGGCUACGAUCAUUGGGGUGGUUAUCUUGUAUUCCAUCGAGAGUCAACGGAUGCCGCGUGGAGAUGUGGAAUUUCUCGACACCUCCAGGCCACUACACCUCAAAUUUCAGCUCAAAGAAUGCCUUGUGGACCUCAUCACUGGAGAUCAAGAUGGUUUGCACUACUUCCGCACCACUGCGGACUUGAGUGCUGGCCCAGCCUUGACCCUGAAGGGAGCAGGAACAGCACAGGAUGUGCUCACUCUGGGCUGUGUGGGCCCUUCCAAUGAGGCGGGGGACGAUGAGACGGUGCAGGUGAAAAUUGGCCAGGAUGUGGUGCUUCAAUCCGUAGAGGUGUCCUUUGAGGGUGAUGGCGGAAUGGUGCGAGUCAAAGACAUCCAAAUCAACGGGAGGUUCGAUGUGAGAGGCACCUAUGGAAUUGUGCAGCUGGAUGGGGACAAGGCAGCAGAGCUUGAAAUUCAGUUGGACCAAGGAUAUGUUGGCUUCGUGAACAGCAACUUCGGGACUGCCUCGUUAGUUCUUGGCGAAGAGGUCGAUUUCUACUCCUGGCAAAACACGGAUGCCGCAGGGAUGGAGGUGAAAAUCGAGACCGUGGAGAUGGGAAAUGAGUCAAAAGGACUCUGUGUCUCAGACAACACCACAAGGCCAAUACUGCAAACGGUCGACGACGAAACACAUGAUGUCUACUUCACGCUGGGGCAACCUCCUUACCGGACCAUGGAUAUUACCCGGAAGAAUGGGAAUAACCGACUGGUCUUCAGCCAUGGUGUUUGGAUGAGCGACCGGAAUUGUAACAAUACCUUUGAUACGUUUGCCAACGCCUGGGAUGUGAAGCCAGACUUGGGCCUUGGUUUCAAGUCUUGGGCUGCGCAGGCUUUCGAUGCAGGGAUGGAGCUCAUGAACCUUUGGCUGGUUGGUUCAAGCUUAGGACUGGACACGCAAUCCAUGGACUCUACGGGAAUGUGGAUUUACACCACGACAGGAAGCGGUUUACUUUGGUUUCCCAUGCACAUCUGGAGGGUGUUUACCCUGGGUAUCAUGGAACCCCGAGCACAACGCCAAGUCGCAAUCGUGCAGGACUACACCUGCUUGUUGAGCUAUGCCAAGUUGGUUCAAGGCAAAUCAACCUGCAGACCUGAUAUCACCUCUGAAGCCGCUGUCGUCAGCAACCUGAAAAGGGUACAGGCUUCAGCCAUCCGAAACAGUCUCCCGGAAGAGCUAAACUUCACCAAUGCGCCAAAUAGCAGGAUCUACUAUGUGCAGGACGUGCCAGUUCAAUCAACUGCCUGGCCAGCUUUGGCUGAUGGCACAGUUUCGAUCCUCACGACGCAAACAGGAAGCUUUGUGAAGAACGUCAGUGGCCGAGGCUACUUCAGUGGCCUUGUUGGAGUUUUCUUUAUUGUGGCCCUGGUAUUUCUGCCGAUUGUGGGUGGCAUCUUUGUAUGUAUUCUCGUUGGCAUGUUGUACAAGAUGGAGAAGCGGAGAUACCUUCGUGCGCGUGGCACUGAUAAGACACAAAGUCAAGCUUGGGGUUCCGCAAAGUCUCCUGUGAGAGGCGCAACAAAGACCUCCAGGACCUCAAUCUAUUCCAACCGCUUUUCUCCAGAAGUUGCGGAACAGAUUCAAGAGUAUUUGGAGGAUGAAGCAAGAAGCAACCUUUUGCUCACCUUGGUCCGAUGCCUGAUCUUACGCUCACCAGCCGGUGGAACACGGCUGUCCGUGAAGCAGGUCAUCCAGAUGGUCUUGGGACACUUCUUGGUCAUGCAACUCUUGGUGUCGCCUUUCGUGCUAACAGCUGUUCUGACCCUUGACGAUCUGGGAGCAACCCGGGCGUUGUGUGGCCACAAUGCCUGGGUCAAGGGGAUGUGCAUGAACACUCAGCUACAGGCAUUUUCUCUGGUUUUGCUCAUUUUGGGCUUGGUCUUUGAGGGCGUCUAUUUUCUGAACUCUAUUCUGGAGUAUACCACACGUUAUGGCUUGGAUAUGUUGGAAUCCACCGGCGCAGCUCCCUCCUGCUACUUGAAGUUGAUGCGACUCCGCUCGAGCAGAGUGUAUUCAAAGACGCUUUCAGCAAUCCAAUCCUUCACGCUCUUCAUUUUUUGCGGCUAUUUCAUCUUGGUUGCAUUAUUCAUCCUGCUGGGAACCCUCCUACACCCAUCGCAACUGGCGCCGGUGCUUCUCUCCAUCAGUGGUGCUGCGAUUGUCGGACAGCAGAUUACCGUGAAGUUUAAUGAGAUCGUGGAGAAAGCCAAGAAGAUUGCUGCCGAGAUGCUGCAGAAAGCCGAAGGAUUCGUCAAGGAGGGCGAGGCUAUGAUCAAAGGCGUUGCGGGAGAUGUGCUGGAUAAAAUUCCUGGUGGUGCCAAGGCAUCUGCCAUGUUGGAGAAUGCCAUCCCUUCUGCAGACAAGAUGAUCGAGCUAGCCACGGCACAGGCGGAGAGUGCCAUGGAUUCAGUCCAAAGUCCCCAGGAUCUUCAUCGGCUCUUGGUUGAAGCCCCACAGCAGGUUGCGGCCCGGAGCUUUGCAGCCAUGAGCGGUGCUGCUCAGAUGGUCCAGGGCAUUGCAACCAAUAACGUUGGCGACGUUGUCAAGAUGCUCCAGACCAUGGCUUCCAAAAAUCCCGCGGCGGCGACGCAGAUGUUGCAGGCAGCAGUGACCAACCAUCGAGAAAGCGGCAUCAUGAUGGUCAAGGAAUUGGUCGUGCUCAAUCCUUCGGGUGCUGCUCAAAUUCUGAAGGGCAUGUCUGGAGCUUCGGUAGCUGAUCUCAGAGAGGGCUUGCCACCUGACCAAGCCGAGCUCUUGGACCAAGCGCUGAGAGAUGUGGGUUUUGACUUCGACGCGGAGGUGACGGAGGUGAAGGUUGUGGCUGGUGAGGAUGCCACUGUUCCCGGUGCCGUCUCGCAGUUUGAGGUGGCAUCGUCAAACACCACAGAUAUCGCGGCAAAACUACAGGAGCUGGCUGCUAGCAAUCCGGACGCUGCAUCGCAAAUGCUGCAGGCAUUGUCCGGAGGGUACUCCAAAAACGGCGCCGCCAAGAUCAUGCAGGAGAUGGCUGCAAUCAAUCCUUCAAGUGCAGCUCAGAUGCUGAAGGCUCUAUCUGGCACGGACCAAGCAAAGUACUUGGAAAAGGCACUUUCAGAUGCUGGGCUUCCAGUGAACAUGGCCGACUUGGCCAAAUUCAAGACAGCCAUAGAGGAAGCGCGCAAGUUCGCUGCAAAUCCUCUGGAGGCUGCAAGACAAGCUGCUGGUAUGGCUCCGGUGAAGCAAGAUGAAGAGGAUCUGGGACGUGCACUUGGUGAAGCCCGCAAAGCGGCGGGUGCAGCCCAGGACCUCUCCGGUGAUGCGCAGAAAGGGGAAGAAGCGGCUGAAGAUUUUGAGGAGAACUUGUUGAUGAUGUUGGGCCUCAGCAAAGGCCAAUUGAUUCUACUGAACAUCCAGGCGGUGUUGAUCUUCCUCAGUUGGGUCGGGUUCAUGCUGAUGGGCGCCUAUCUCUUCUUGGGCAGUGAAGCCCUGAUCCCCCAACUGACGGCCAACGUCUCUGCGGUGGGUGGGGCGGUGACGCUGAUUCGCUCCAAAUCGAGUGAGUUGAAGUCGGGUGACCUGAAAUCUAUCCAGAGCACCAUGCAGGCAGCCAGCAGCGAGUUGAAGGCGAAAUCUUCUGCACCUUCGGAAAAGAAGACUCAGUCCAUCUCCAUCAUCGAAGCAGACGUCAACGUAGACUUUGCCCCUCCAAAGGACUACAAGGAACCGGUACCAGCUGCUGCGGCCGCAGCUGCAGUGGAAAACACACAUCUCGCCACGAAGGAGGAAGAGGCUGUAGCUGAAGCAGAGGAGCCAAAGCUCUUCGGCGGAAGCGGUCAACGUGAGCUCAGCAUGGGGGGUCCGGCAGGUACACCCAUCUAG